AUGCUUACACCAUUUUCUAUCAAUUAUAUAGGAAAGACGGCGCCGCGUCUCAUUCAUGAUGUCCAGCUGUAUGAUCCAGCACACUACCCAGACACAGGCCGUAAUCUCCUCUCAGAAACUCCGCCCAUUUACCCAGAAGGCUACAACGGCCCACCUGGAUUCAUAUCACCGGAAGCAUGCCGACACGACUAUGUCCUGAAAGAAGACCAAACCUUCAUGUCUGAGCCAGAGCACCGGAGAAGGCCAGGCACAUCGUCCAAGGUCUCAGCCAUAUGCACAAAGUGCCGUUAUCAUCUUCAAGUGGUGGUCAACUACACGACUCACAUCAGUACAUUCAGUCAGAAACAAGGGAAACACUUACAUCAUUUGGUCUACCAAUCAGGACGGCAGAAGAAUGGCCUUGCGUUGCCCGAAGAAACUCCCAAAGGGCAGGUUGCGGAGACGUACCACUACCAAUGUUCCUACAUCUCAUGCUCGGCUAUGGUAUCUUUGCGGAUUCUUUCACCAAUUCUGAGCCCGCAAUCUAUACGCUUGAUGACCGAUAAAGAGUUGUUGCGGAAACGAGCUGAAGAGGCCACUGCAACGUAUGCUGAGUCCAUGGAAGGCAUGGGUGAUCCGCAGCCGCUGAACGUAUUGGAUAACCUGCGCCUGUACAUCACGAAUGCCCUACGAAAUCCACAACGAAGCAAGCCCAUUUCCUCCGUCAAUAAGAGGUUCAUGCACUCUUUCGGCGUGGAAGGUGCUGCUUGUAAAGAAUUACUUGAAUUUCUAGAGUUCAUGUACAAUAAGGAUACUGGGGCAUGGCACCCGCCUAAACCGACCUCCAACGCUGAAAAGCCUUACCAAGACACGAUGCGUCUCUUUCUCGACGACCUGCUGCAUGAAUUGCUAGUCCUGAUACAUCUCAGAUCAGCCUCAGAAAGAAAAGGAUUCCAGAUUCCUAAUCUUCCUUCCUCGGCGAUCCCCGUUAUUUCCUGCGCUCUAGAAGCGCAAGACUGUUCGUACAUUGUGACCCUUAGCCCUAGAAAAUUACGCCUGACUUCUGUUGCAGAUCCGACAGCUAUGCGUUACAAGGAAUUCGAGAUGGCUCAUGCUCCUUUCUAUGAAGACCUGGGGUUGGUGGAGGAUAUGUCCUCGUCGGCUGUGGUCGAAGCAUACGAUCGACAGAUCUUAACCGAUCCUGGCAGGACCCCGAUGUACUUGUCUGCUCUCAAGGCUGUCGGCUGUCUUCGUGGUGACCAAGACAAGGAAGUCAUCGACAUAGCUGUCCAAGCAGCUUAUGAACAAGGAAAGUACGCCGUUGAGGACGUUGUGGGCGCGUAUCAGUACUUUAAUCUUCACUUCGAUGAUCCAAACCUCACUGAAGACAGUAUCAUUGGCAAAUUCUAUGCCUUCGUGAGCUCGACAACGCAAGAUACUGAAGCUCGUCAGCAGUUGUGGCGGAUUGGCGACUCCAGGGGAAGCACGCGCAUCAAAGCGGCAUCAGAAGAUCGUGUGUCGAUAGAGUCACUUGUCUCCAAAGGGGAAUGUGUGCUAAUUUUGACAACAGGUGUUUCUACUGUUGAACAAGCGAAUGUCUUCUUGGGAGUUGAGGAUCAGACCCCCGAUGACUUUGUCAUGACUAUGUACACCGCCAAGGUCAAUGACAACCCACUUACCAAAGAACUGGCGAAACGCGCCGUGGCACUCAUUGCCGAGUCCCGCAAAUCGGUCGCAUUGAAUCAUUUCAUCAAUACCGGAGAGAUGAUUGCUGGUGAAAUGGACAUCGGUGAUGCCUAUCGUCUACUCCAAAUCCCUGAUCGAACUGUCGAUGAUGGGGCAAUCAUAGCCGCAUAUACAAUCUGCAUUGAUGAAAACCCAGGGGAUGCCGAAAGAUACAACCAGGCUCUGACGAUCAUUGCCAAGCAACUGGACAGCUCUACGUUGAGGAAUAUGGCAGGUGUCUCCAACGAGCCGGAUAGGAGCAUGGGAGAUUGGCCGGUCGGACUACAAAACAUCGGCAAUACAUGCUAUCUCAACAGCCUGUUGCAGUUUUAUUUCUCCGUCCGUCCUUUCCGUGAGUUGGUCUUGGAUUACGAACGCUUCCAAAUGGAUCUUAAUGACGAGGAAAACCUCGCAAAGAAACAAGUGGGCUCGCGAAAGGUGACGAAGAAGGAGGUCGAGCGAUCUCAGCGAUUCCUUAACGAGCUCCGGACUUUGUUCCGUAGCAUGAUCUCCUCAUCACAAAUCUCGGUUACUCCCGGCCAGGAACUUGCUCGGUUGACCCUGAUUAGCCCAAGCAACGAGGCGGCAAUACGUCGUCGGUCGACGAUCACUGCUACUAGACCCGAGAUUCUUGGUGACAUCAACGGUGCUCCUAUUCUGGGACCCCUUGGGCCUCCACAAACCCUCCUUGGGGGUCGUAUGGAGCCAGUUUCUUCAUCUAGCCAAACUGAUCCCGCACCUAUUCAAAACUCGGCCGCCAGUGAUGACGGCAGCGAUGCAACAUUGGUCUCCGAUAAUAGCAUGAACGAUGCACCUGGACUCUUCGUUGAGGAUAAGGAGAACAACCCCCCGGACUUGGACCAGCUGUCAGACCAAGCAGAGGCAGGAUCUCCCCAGGAUAUGAAUAUCGACACAGACGACGUUGCAUCAGCCAAUGUACCCCCAUCCCUCCCUCCUCGGAACGUCCCCCAAGUUGAUCGGGAAAAGCAAUUAAAGGAGGAGGUAGAAAUUGGUGCCCAACAGGAUGUGACAGAAGUCAUCAACAAUGUUCUGUUCCAAAGCCAGUGCGCCAUCAAGCCUCGGGGCAUUGGCAGUGACGGUGAGCAACUUGACCAGAUCAAAGACUUGUUCUACGGUCAAACCCGCUCUUACAUCUCCACCGAGAAAGGCACACGUUCGAAGGACGAACGGUGGUGUGAUGUCAAGGUUGAUGUUGCUCAUGGAUCUCGAAACAUCUACGAUGCCAUCGAUGGGGCAUUUGAUAUCCAAAAGAUUAGCGUGGACAACUCUGUGGCUGAGCAAUUCGCUUCUAUCAGCCAGCUUCCCCCUGUUCUCCAGAUCCAGGUGCAACGGGUUCAGUUUGAUCCUGUGAAGAAAUGCUCGUUCAAAUCUACAAAUCAUCUCGAGUUGCUUGAGACUAUCUACAUGGAUCGAUACAUGGACACCAAGAAUCCGGAUGUUGUGGAUCGACGAAACCAAUGCUGGGAGUGGAAGGCGUCCCUGAAGAGGCUCGAGGCUCGCCGAGAAGAGCUUCUCAGGACAAAGGAGGGUGCCGGCGUCGACAUGGCAACAUUGUUCCGUAGAGUCAAAACCGCGCUACAGGAUGUAGACUCCAUUGAACACGACACCGAGACCGGAGUCGGAGCCGGAGUAGAAUCCGGUUCCAUGAAUGCUGUGGCUAGUACAGAGUUACUGGACAAGCUCGAGUGCCUUGCCCAUAAAGCAGAGACCGACCUGCAAGCUAUCGACCAAGAAAUCAAGGAUACGCGGACCAUGCUUUCCAGCCAAUUUGCUGAUUUCCAUAACCUCCCAUAUCGUCUGUACGCCGUUUUUGUGCAUCACGGGUCAGUCUCAUUUGGCCAUUACUACAUCUACAUCUUCGACUUUGACAAGAAGAUAUGGCGCAAGUACAACGAUGAGUACGUCACCGAGGUCCAGAACGUGGAUGAGAUCUUCAAGAACGACUCGACUAGCAACCCUCCGACCCCAUAUUUCCUUGUUUAUGUCAACGAUAACAUGAAAGACCGUCUGGCAAACCCCGUCUGCCGUGUGAUAUCCGACAACACGUCCGAACUUCCCAAUCUGGAACAAGCCACCACCAUGGAGGGUAUUCAGCCCACCAGCCCUGUGCCGGACGUGAAUAUGGAACCCCCAUCCUAUGAGGAAGCGUCGGCCAUCAAUGGAACUCCAGGUACGGGAAAUAUCAAAUCCGACGCGGAGACCACAACAUGGCCCCAUCCUCGUCCUGCGACUGACUCGCAGCAGUAUUGGUAG